CAACCGUUGAUUGAAGCAAAUGACAUUUCUAAUGUUCACAAAAAAAAGUUGUUAGUCAAAUUUUGAAGGAUCGAGGUUUCGUUGAAUCUUUGAAAUUGUUCCUGUUAUUUUUUGGGACAAAAACCAGUUGAACAUGUACUUCGACAGCAAUUUGUUGUCGUUACGGAAGAAGGGACGCCUUUCGGCCGUUUGGCUUGCAGCCACCAACAAAACCCUCUUUCGCCGGCACAUCAAACGUGGAGAAUGUGACAGCAUCAAUAUUCACGAUCUUUGCACAUCGAUUUUGGAUUGUGCCGAUACGCAUCAACCUUUAAUCAUGGUGGCGAAACUUGCUUAUGGAGCCGUUUUUAUCUAUCAGCAGCAGGUGCAGUUUUUAUAUGACAAAGUCAGUCAUACGGCAUGUAAACAAUCAGCAGCAUUUCAACAUCUCAAGAAUUCUCAGGGUGAAGUUUCGCAAGCAUUUAGUAAUAAAUGUUCUAAUAAGAUAACCAAAGAGUUCCGUUACGAAGAUGUGCUGACUGGCCCAUCUAUUUCAACGGAAGCAGUUAUUACAGAGUUGCUAGCCAAUGCGCAACAUACCAGUGUGCUGCGCGUCGACGAUAUCACUCUCCACGAGUUGGAGUCUGUUUCACUGAAUGUAACCAUCGAAGCUACACUUCAGCGAGAUCAACUGCAAGGAUUUGGUGAAAUGCAACUAAAGGAUUAUUACGACUUUUUACGAAACGUACCAAUAAACUCGUCUUCUGUUGGUUAUACUAAAGAAGAUUUUGGUAUCGUAAAGGACAUAAUUGACAUCACAAACGAGCCGAUUCCGGUUUUGAGAAACGCAAGCGUAUCAGAAACAGAACCACCAGCUAUACCAAUCGCAGAAAUUCCUAUAGCUUGUUUGAGUGUUGCUUGUAUUGAUACUGAUCCAAUGAAAGGUAUCGAAAGCCCUUCUAUCGCUACACUACCAGCUAUAGAUGAACGGAUUGCCGAAGAAAAGAACUUGGCUAUAGAAUCAAUUAUAAGUGAUAAUAGACUUAUCACAGAACCACAUCAGUCUCCCACGGAUGCUACGCAAGUUGCAGCGGAAACAUUAAAUCUGAAGCGUAAACUUCCAUCAAAAAUGAUUUUUGAUAAGAAAACCAAGUUGGAUUCGGAAAUUAUUCAACGGGCAAUACAAAAUUUUACAGGGACCAUGAGAUGUUUGAACCCUCGCUGUGAUUCUGUGCCAACUCGAAAGUUUCGAUACGCCUUAGACGAUAGUAUUUCUAUUCUACAACAUCCAGUCAGGCACACACGUUCUUCUGUACUACCACAAUUGUUUCUACGUAAUAUGCGUAAACGAACGACUGAAGUUGACGAUGUGCUGUGCAGUAUUUGGGGCCAUGAAUUGUUAAAAGCGAAGAAAGCAAAAAAAUCAAUUGAUAAGAGUAAUAGAGGAUCCAUGAUUGUUCCCCCGGUUGAGAACGACCUACAGUCAACUAAAAUUGUACCAAUCGAAUUAAAUACCAUUGGCACAUCACCAGAGGAAAACAUGAACACAAGACACAGACGAUAUUAUGAUAGAGAAGCAUCGAAAAAAGCUAGACAAGAUCAAGAUCCCGUUGAAGAACAGAAAAUCGAUGGGUUCAAUGAAAAUUCUCUGUGCAAUUUGUUGGAAAAGCUGUGGUCUAAUCAAAAAGAUAGAGAUGUUUCGAUGAAAUCGCUGGAAGAUUUCUUUUCAAGCCGAUUGGACGGCGCAAGUUGUUUUUCGACACUCUUAGUCUUGGCGGCCCAACAAAAAUUGAAGCUGUACAAAAAUGAUCGGAGCGAAAUUGUAAAAAUUGAGAAAGGACCGUUCUUCAAACAAGUUGCAGUUUUACGAAAAUAGCUACUGUGGACGUCUCCUGUCAUCAUCUGUACUUAUUGAAUGAUCGUUACUAAAUUCUAGAUUAAGUUUCAUCAUACCAUAUUUAUAUUGAUAUAAUUUACAACCUAUAUUUGGACACUGCUCUUAUUAUACGAAAUGAAUUGUGAAAAAACAAUAAAACUACACACGAAUUUCAACAAACAAAACGUUUUCUCAUUUUCAACAAACUUAUCAACGGAAUUUAGCAUGAAACCUAUUGGUUAUGUUUAAAUAAGAAAAUUAAUGGUCAUAGGCUUAUUGGUAAGAUGAAAUUGGUAAUGACAAAUAAUUCCCAACUAUUCAGAACUGAUCGUCGAACCACAGUUCUUCUGCUCUACAAGCCAAUGGAUUGAGCUAAUCCCGAGUAAACGUGCAGGGUUACAAAGCCGAUGCAAGCGGUGAUCAGUGCCUUCAAAGAUAGUCCGAACCACGGUCCAGCAGACAUUCCCUGGAGCAUUCCUUCCAACCAGACACCACGGAACGAAAUGGCCACCAGCAGAGCAA